AUGCCGUUCUGUCUCACCUUCAUCGACUUAAAGAAGGCCUUCGACUCAGUUGAGACGGAAGCGGUCGUGGAAGCCUUGGACAACCAAGGCGUCCCCACUCAGUACAUGAAGGUACUUCGAGAGUUGUACAGUAACUUCACGACCGGAAUUUCGCCAUUCUACAAGAAUAUCAUCAUUGACGUGAAGAGGGGGUUCCGACAGGGUGAUACAUUCUCACCCAGAAUAAUCACAGCCACCCUCAAGAACGCAAUGCGAAAGUUGGAAUGGCACGACAUAGGAGUGAAGGUUGAUGGCGGGCAGCUGCACCAUUUGCGCUUUGAUGACAUCGUACUGAUAACACCUAGCAUCAGCCAAGCGGAACGAAUGCUGACCGAAUUCGACGAAACAUGUGGAUGCAUCGGUCUUCAGCUGAAUCUGCAAAAGAAGAUGUUCAUGCGGAACGGAUGGGUCUCAGAUGCCCCAUUCACGAACAUAUCCGAAUGCACCAGCUACGUUUAUCUGGGUCGGGAAUUGAACUUGAUGAACGACGUGACCCCCGAGCUUGACAGGAGGAGACGAGCACCUUGGGGAGCGUACAAGAGCAUCGAGGAUGUAGUGAAGAAGACCAGGAACACCCGGCUCCGUGAUCACCUCUUCAACACCACCGUACUUCUUGCUUUGACUUAUGCUUCGGAAACCUGGGCAUUUCGCAAGCAGGAAGAAAACGCGGUGAGCGUCAUUGAACGCGCAAUUGAAAGAGGGAUGCUAGGAGUAUCCCGUUUCACGCAAGUGAGGGACGGAUUCGAAGUUCUUUCCUACGUCAGCGAUCGAAGAUUAGAGACGCCGUCGCAUUUGCCAAGGAAAGUAAAAUAA